AAAAACCCCAAUGUUUUCAUCUUCUCUCCAACUAUUUUUACUUUAAGUACAUGUUUCUAAUAAUCAAAGGAACGAAAUUAUUUAUUGUAUAGAACUCUUCCUAUCAGUUGACAGACAUUUAGCCAAAACUUUAUGCAACAUACGAACUAAAAACUUGUCUUGCUUUACAUCUCCUUUAAAUUAUCUCACAAGAUUAAAGCCAGUCGACAUAUCAGGUCCUGAUAAAGAAGUACGAAAUGGGGGUUUAAAGCAAACCUUUCAGCGCCCUGCCCAGCUUCUGUCACCUGUUCAGUUCCCACAAGUCUGUGCCAGGUGUUGUCUCGACAAAGAAAAUUAUUUUCGUGGUGAUCCCAUUAAGCGCUGCUUCUCCUGACAAACGAAGCCUGCUCAAGAAAAAUCUUUAAUUCUUGAACCCACCAAGAUGAGGUCUUUAAUUCUCUUUCUUUUGUCUAAUACUCUUUGCUGUGCCUCCCAUCCAGUCUUUCUGUCUAUUCUCGCGUUAUCUGCUGUCGAUUUCUAGCAUCUCUUUUAUAUUUUUUUUCUCACAACUUUCGCCUAUCUGUUUUUCCUCUAUUUUUAUUUAACUUUCAAAACUGUUAACUUUCUUUUUAUCUUCCUCUUACUGUCCAUUCUUUUAUUUGUUUUUCUUAAUUAUUCUUCUACCUCCUCUGCCUUUUUCUCUGUGCUCCUCUCUCUCCCUUUCUCUCUAUUUGUUUUUUCGUAUUUUUCUGAUGUACAUGUAUGUGGGUGUGCUGACAGAUGUGUCGUCCACUCUAUUUCCCGUUCGUUGAAAACACUAUCUGUAAUCUUGGUCUCCUUUCUGACACUGACUAACUUGUCCAUAUUCCGUUCUUCAAGAUUAGGCGCGCGAUCACAGAAGGGCGUUGUCAAGAUAUUUCCAGGUUUUUGUGAUCCAACAUGGAUCCAAACUGUUUCAACCCGGCCUUCCAUCAUAAAGCUGUAGUCAGUACUGUGACAAUCAUGUACGUCACGCAGUCGUCUACAGUUGACAGCCACUCUUCCAACUUCCAUUCGCUGAUGGCCCCACCGGAACCACCCAGAUCUCACGAAGUAUCGGAAGUCAUUCAGUCUGCCAUUCGACACGUCUGCUUUACUAAACACUUUGACUGCGGCGAGAAAGGAUUUUGUUCAGUCGAUCAAAAUGGACACCUUGGAUGCAUAUGUGCCAGUCAGAACGACAAGCAUGUAUAUGGAGGAGUGACCUGCGAACGGCGAGGGGAGGUGCUGCCCAUACCAUCAGAGUACAUCAUCGGCCUGUCCAUCGCCGUCAUCGUCGGCCUCUUGGUGGCCUUGGUGUGUCUAGCAGCUGACUCAUACCUGGGAUGUCGAAAGAAAACCAGUCGACAGGAAGACAGACGAGACAGUGACGAGUCAGACGACAGCAUGGUUCCUUCCGCUUCUUCCUCUCCAGUUAACAGUUCCUCCCCGGAACUGACUCAAGACCAUAUCAGCCUCCACAUGCAGGAGGGGGAAACUGAUGACAUCCUCCCCACGUCACAGGAGACAACUUCCUCUGACGUCAGCGGCACCCCUGAGAGAGUGGCUCUACCCAGGAUACCCUCCAGACAGGCGGGUACAGGCAGCGACCGCCAGAGUCUGUCAAGUCUGAUGUGUGAGGAGACCUUGACCCAGCUCUCGGACUGCUAUUAUAAUGGCGCGAGGUCACGGGAACGAAGUCAGCAAGAUCGGAAGUUCGACUCGUAUCGACCUCUAGACACCACUUACAGGGUGCUCAUCAUGGGCUCCCUCGGACCUGAACCGGUUUUCCUCUACGAGCCGUGGAGGAAUAUCGACAAUUUACAAUUCCCACAAGCGGAUGACCCCUGCCCUCAAACAGACAUCUUGCACAGGUCCACAGUUCUUCACGACCAGCUGGCAGACACCGAUGGCUUCGUUGAAAAGGUUUCUUCUCAAAGAUGCUGUUCCUCUUGUUCUUCUAGCUCUGACUCCAGUGACACCCUCGUGUGGGGGGCAUCAGACAGGAGUUUAUACUGGAGUCUGAGAGACCAGGACGCAGACUCCUCACAUUCGGGUGAAACGAUAAUAGUCAACGGUGAUUUAGAUGUCACUCGUGAAGACCAGUCCAGCUCUGCACAAGCUGGACAGUCUGGAUUGGUGAGUAUCAUUCAGGACAGCAGCAUAUCCUGACAAGAAAAUGAUUCUAGAUUUUGUUCUCACAUCCUUG